AUGAACAAGAUUUUAGUUGUUGUUGUCCUUUUAAUUUCAACCUUAGCUUUGGCUCAAGGAUUCACAUUUAAUGCUGAAGGUCAAUGGAUUAGAUACCCAGAUUCAACUCAAUGUCAAAGCAAAGCUUUCAAUAUGACACUUUCAGCUGACAAUACAUCCUAUGAAGCAUACCUUUGGAUUGGUGGAAAGCGUGGAAUAUUGAUGUCCAACGUUACCAUCGACCCAACCAACACUGUCAUGUCUGGUAACUUUGCCCGUUACGACUACACAUCCUACUAUUUUGUCGAAUGGACCACCUUUACUGCUAAAAUAACCAAUCAAGUAUCCUACUACAUGUCAAUUGCUGCUAGUUCACGUUUCCAAUCCAGCACCAACAACGUUGUAAAGACCGCCAACUUUUGUUAA